CAAAUUGCCAAUAAAUUACUGGAUAACAUCUAUAAAAAGCAAGACAUAAAUGAAGUUUUAAAAACCACAAAAAUGAAUUCCAAAAUUUCAAUGUUUAUGCUUUUAGCAUAUUUUUUGGUUAAUUUAUCAACGGAAAGUAAUGGUAAGGGUUUGGAUUGGGGAAAUAUUCAAUCAGCCCGUUACAAAAAGACUUUAGUUUCCAACCAACCUAUUAAAGUCCAUCCUAAUGUUUUUGGGAAUUACAAAGUAAAUCCAGUAGUUCCUUAUAAAGUUACUGCUUCACCAGCACCUCCACCAUCUCCUGCAAAAACUUCAGUUCCUCCAGCACCUCUAACAACACCUUUAGCAGCUAAUUUUCAAUCAAAAACAAAAAAUACAUUUCUACCAUCAAAUGCUUCUGCUCCUACUAAAGUACCAACAAAUGAAAAUGAAAAUUAUCAAGGAUUUGGCAUAGUUGAAGAUGGAGGUGAUGAUUAUGAAGAAGAAGAAGAAGAAGAACAUUUGGAAAAUAGUAAAACUGUGACAAGUCAACCUAUGCUUAGUUCUUUAACUUCUAAACCCAUAAUACCAAAAAGUUUAAAUCAAGAAAAUGACAAUCAUCAAGGAUUUGACAUUGUUGAAGAAGAAGGUGAUGAUUAUGAAGAUGAAGAAGAAGAAGAAAAAGAAAAAGAAGAAGAACAUUUGGAAAAUAGUAAAGCUAUGACAAGUCAACCUAUGCUAAGUUCUUCAACUUCUGGACCCAUAGUGCCAGAAAAUGUGAAUCAAGAAAAUGACAAUCAUCAAGAGUUCAAAGCAGUUGAAGGAGGGGAUGAUGAAGAAGUACCAGAAGAAAAUGAAUAUGGUCACAAAGUAGAAGAAUACUCAGAAGAUCCAAAUCAUAAUACUCCAAUUGAUUAUAUAACAAUUAAUGGUGUUCGAGUACCAAUGAAUAAUUUUAUUUCCACUGUCCCACAAUUGUCUGGAGAUGAAUUGACAGAAAACAAAUACAAUGCAUCUGAAUAUCCUCUAAACACCAAUGAAGACCAUCAAGCAUCUUAUUAUUAUGAUGAUCUAGAACCAGAGUCUUCUAAUUAUAACGAUAAUCCCACUGAAAUUUCUGAAACUCCAAACAGAAACAAUGAUAAUACUAAAGAUCAAUCAAUCAAUACAAAUGAAUUGAACUCAUAUGAUAAUACACAGAUAUCUACAAACAAACAGGAAGACACCAAGGAAGACCAAUUUAAAAAUCAAUAUGUGACAGAAAAUAAAGAAAGAAUUAUCAAUGGGUAUAAAGCUAUGAAGAAAAUAUUAUACAUGUUACAUGACUAUGCAAGCUCAACAUUCAAUUGGAUCAUAAACAAAAUAGAUUACCGAAUGGAACAGGUAUCAAGUUAAGUAAAUCAGUUUAAAAGUA